AUGGAAACUACAAUGAGACGAAGGUCCAUAUUAAAAUUUAAGAGAUACAUCAUUAUUUUCUUCGUUGUCUUGUUGGCCAUUAUAUGGAUCAACCAUUACAGUCAAGGCAAGACCUCUAAGAAGGAGCUCGUUGAAGACAUUCCCGUGGUCGAGCAAAAAACCUAUGAAGAAGAAAAGCCAUCACCACGGACCGAAUCGGCGCGGGAAAAAAGCUUAAGGAUUUUUUAUGAGCGUCUUAUGAGACCCGACCAGGAUGAGGACACGACCACAGAAGAGACUGAGCUUGAAGAUUCUUAUAAGUACUCGUGGUCCUUGAACGAUAUACAGCGCAGAAAGCUUAGAAGGGCACCGGCCAGUCGUUUCUUCGUGAAGAAUCCCAAAUGCAAAAUGCCGUAUGCAGAUCCCUUCUCCAGCGAGGCAUUAGCCAUCCCGAAGCCUGAGAAGUUGAAUAACUGCAGCCACGAAGGACCAAUCUUUGCUCUAAAAUUUGAUCGAAAGUUGGUGCGAUAUCGGCUGCAGGUGAACAGAACUAUGCUCGCAAAGUUGCAACCAAACCUACGGAAGUACAGGUGCGCCUACAGAGAAGUCCCCAAUGACACGAUUACCCCUUGGACGAGCUUUCAAGAUGAGGCCCUCAUCGACUGGAUUCCCAGCGGCAUUGUUGCAAAAUGUCACGAUGCACUGAAAGCCACGAGGACUAUCCAACAGGAUGCCUUUCCGCUGGUACAGGUGCCUUACCGGAGGGCACGCGUGAAGUCGGAUCCUUUGAAAAGAAAACCGAGUGUACUAAUGCUGGGACUGGACAGUAUAUCGCGGAUGAAUUUCAAGCGCAGUAUGCCGAAGGCAGCUGAGUUCGUGAAGCAGGAAGGCUGGUUCGAGAUGGAGGGAUACAACAAAAUAGAAGAUAGCGCGUACGCCACCUUCUGCGCCAUCUUUGGCGGCGCCAAGUCGGAUAAAACCUGUGAAAAGCGCUUUCCAAUGAUAUGGAAUUCGUACAAGGAAGCUGGCUACACAACUGCCUUUGGGGAGGACAGCCUAGAAUCCCAUGUUCCCCCGUUUCGGCCAGACUUCCAACUUCGUACCCUGCUGGAGGAUAUUGGCCAAUCCAUGGACACAGCCUCCAGAUUUGGGUUUCAAAACUGCAUCGGCAGACGCCAGAGCAUCUCUUAUCUGUAUGAUUUUUGCAUGCAGUUCGCGCAACGACUGAUCGAGGAGCUGGAUCAGCCGGCGUUCGGUGUAUUUUGGAGCUCCACCUUAACGCGCGACUACCUAAACGGGCCCGCAAGUCUCGACGAAAAGUUAGUGGAGUACCUGAGGCUGAUGCGUGAUCACCAUAUUUUCGAGCGCGCCAUAGUGAUCCUGUUCAGCGACCAGGGUCAAACGUCGGGAGACCUGGUCGACUUGGCCGACGGGUUCCUCGAAGAACGACUUCCCAUGCUGCACAUUUACCUGCCGCCCUGGUUUCGCAAGGCGUAUCCUAUGUUUGCCAGCAACUUGCUCCUAAACAGCAAUCGCCUCACCACGCCCUUUGACCUGUACAACACCCUGAGGCACAUACUCAACCUGAAGGCCUCCGUUCCCAAGGAGCUGAAAUCUACGAUGAAUUGUCGUCUCAGCCAGUCCCUGUUGCACUUGAUGCCCUUCAACCGCAGCUGCGAGCAGGCCUGCAUCGGGCUGCACUGGUGCGGCUGCAAUGAGUUCGCCCUCGUGGAGAACAACUUUGAUGCCUACUACUUGGCCAAGACGUUCGUCUCCUUUCUCAACUAUUGGAUCCUCAAGAACAACUACAACAAAUAUUGCCAUCGUCUGCUACUGUCUCAUCUGGACUACGUGGAGCGGAGCUUGGAUGAUCUGGAGUCCCUCGAGUCGGGGAUCUUUCGCCUGCGCGUUCGCACGGUUCCCCAUAAAAGCGUCUUUGAGUCCACAGUUCACUUUAACUCUAACUCGCGUACACUGAUCAAGGUCAAUAUUAGGGAUAUCAGUAGGCUCAACUCCAACAAUCGCUCGGAUUGCGUAAAGGACAGGACUGCUAAGAAGUUUUGCAUCUGUUACCCUGAAAUUAAGGACGAGGAAAUGGAAUUCUGGAUAAAUUACACAUUAUAGUCUUCUAGAAACAGUAUACUUUUCCUUUUGGUGUCAACCAUGCUGGUCCAGAGCU